GCGUGCUGUCUGGAAAGAUAAACGUGUGCGCAAAUUCCGUUCUUAUGAAAAAUCUACAAGUUGAUUGGCUAAGAACAAUGUGAUAGCCAAUCAUACGUUUCUCUUGCAAAUUAAUUCAAGAAUCGAGCCCUUAUUCUUCAUAAAACGGGAUUCCAUCUAUCUAGCAUAUUACAUCUAUGGUUCGAACGUCCUAAAUGUUAUUGUUCCAACAAGAGCAUGCAUCUUGCCCAGAAUUAAAACAAAUGAAUUCCACGCUUCGAUCGAGACUAUUUGUUACUAAAAGACUGUAUUGUUAUCGGCGGAAUAUGUCGAUACGAAAAGAUGACGAGGAUCGGGUCGAUCAAGCAAAGGAAACUUCAAUUGGCGAUUUGGCGGAGCCGACCAAUUGCUGCAUGUCAGGGUGCACGAAUUGCGUAUGGAUUAAAUAUGCGGAAGAAUUGAGUAACGUGAUAGAGAGAUCCGACAUAGAUCUGCAAAAAACCAUCUUCGAGAAGGUGCAAGAUCCUAAUAUGAGAGCGUUUCUAGCGAUGGAAUUGAGGUGUCGGAAGCUGAUAAAAUAGAGCGAAUCAAUAAAAUAACGCAUCAAUAUGAAUAGUGUGAGAAGAGGUAAUUCGAAAGAAAAUACACCUGUGGUAUUUGUAACCAUUAGUCUAAAAAUCAACAAGACAAAAGAAUUAUGAUUGCUGCAGAGUACCUUGUAUAUAUUGUAAAUUGUAAAUAAGGUUCUAGGCAAUGAAUAUUAUUUUCAGUUUAUGUAAAUAUAACAUUC